AUGUCACUUACCCCACAACUCUCAAAAGAAAAAUCUAUAAUAUCUCGGCACGAAGUAGCAAUCGCACAAACCCCCACAUCGGAAAUACCUCCACAAGACAUCAGUCUCAAAUGUUGGAGUCCAGGACAGGAAUACGCUACUGUUUUUAAUGUCUCAUCUACUUAG